AUGGGGGCUGCUCUGGUUGCUGCUCUGACGGACUUGGUUGAUGGAAAGCCGGUCGUAGCCAAUACAGCCGGUUGCGGCACCCUGUUCGUAGCGUUGAAGAAGAGCCCUUACUCAGGGUCAUUGCUGGGGCUGAAGGUGGCCGUCCCUAGCGCGGAAUCAGUCGGCUCCUGGGACGCGUCAACCAUCGCAGAGCACUGUAACGCGGUUCAAAUUGUGCGUCCGACACUUACAUCCGAGCUUCCUCCAAGCCUAGCAGUUUCGGAUGAGGAAGCUGUGGAAUUUGCCUCGUCUCUGCUGAUGGCAGCUGACCUGCAGAUGUCCGAGAACUUUGCAAGAAGCGAUGUGCAACCGGAGGCCGGCCGCACGGGCCAAGUCCUCAGGGACUUGAGAGACACUAUUUUCCAGCAGUGGGGAAGCGAGGCUAAGAACAUGGCAGCCGAAGCGGUCCUUCGAAUGUUACAGCGUACUGGCAGCCAGUCGAUGCAUGUUUACACAGUGGAAGGAACCCCAAAAUGGGUGUCUGACGUGUGGGAUCCCAUGCAGGAAUCGCCGCUGUGGAAAAAGGGUUUGAGGUUCACUCACAGAACUGGGCUCAGCGCCCAUUUGCUUGCUGCCUAUACGGCCUGGGUGUUACUUGAACCGUUCCUUCCGUGA